CAGGGGUCAAAGGUCAAGCGGCCCACCUUUUCCUCAUUAAUCCAACAGCUUGUCUGACUCCAACUACUCCACUAAGACCCGCCCCUUCACGAGGACCAACAGCCAAUCCCUGCUCAGAACCAGGAAACAGCAGGAUGGGAGAACCAACCAGCUCCACAUGGCCUUCUGUUUGUGUCCCAUCCUGCCCUGUGGAAUUGUGGGGGAUGUAGUUCCAGUGCCGGAGGAAGAUGAGAUGAUUCAGCCACAGAGGAGACGGAGAUAGGCACUGCGGAUGGAGAGACAGGUGAACAGAGACAGGUGAACGAACAUGAAUUUAAUGACUCGGCUAAUAUUCCGUUUUCAAUCACACAGGUGAGACGGACACAUCACUGACACCUGUACUUCCUGUCACCUUUGACAAAUGGACCCUGCCAGGUAUCAGGGAUCACACCUGCCCUCUUACCUCAAACCUGACACUGCCACUGGUGUCCUUCAGCCACAAGUCUCCACCUCCUCCGCUUAGAUAACCAAUCAGAAGCAAGUUGACCCGCGGCAGAGCCCGCUGUCCAGGCAGGGCAAGCUCCGCCUCCUUCUCCCACGCUCUCUGCUGAUUUGUGCUCCAAGACAGGUUACUGACGCAGGCCAGGUGCUGUUUAGAGAGCAGCUCAGAGACAGAGAGGGGCCUGGUGACAGGUCAGCAGGGGUCAAAGGUUAGAUUUAUCACUUAGGGUAUGACAAAUAUGUCAAGCUAAUCUUUUAAUUUGUGGCCGGUCAAUAACUGUGAACACACCUGUAGCUCACAGGUAAGCUGUGUGUAACUGCCAUGUUCUUCUGGAUCUUCUUCACCACACACACACACAGGUCAUCAGGACACACACUGCCUCCUAAAACCCACAAUAAUAACACACUCAUUAUGACCUCUGACCCCAGAGAGCCGCUCUUUGACCACCUGACAGGACAGGUGUGAAGUGACCUCUCUCUGAUGUCAAAGUGUGUGAUAAAACCUGUAAACUCAGCUGUCUGUGUGUUCUUUACUGUUUUUAAUUCACACAACACUGAGGCUGACCUACCAGAGAGGGCGGAGCCAGACAGAAGAGGAUGAAGGUGUUUAGUGAUGAAGGUCAACAUCAUCUUUAACCAAACGGACUCCUGCAGAAUGAAACAUUCAUUUACAUGUUACAUAAAUCCAGAGGAAUUAACCUCCACCUGCCAGUUACUCUGAACCAGUACAACUAACCAGUUAGAUAUAUUACCUACUACUGGUUAGGUGAAGUAAUAACUGAUGAUCUGUGGUAGGGCUGCACGAUAUAUCGUGAAAUUAGUUGUCUGCCUUUAAUUCUUUGAAGAAGUGUUUGAAAGGCUCAACAGCAGCCAUUUGUUAAAAAAAAUAAGUAAAUAUGUAGAUAUAUUACUUAAAUUAACAAAAUUUUAAAACCGCAUAAAAUUUUUUUUAAAAAUAGGCAGAUUAAUCGGUAAUCAGAUCCCCCCCCCCUAAUAAUCAGUAUCAGUAUUAAAAAAAUCCAUAUCAGUCGGGCCCUACUCUUGUUGUGGCAACAGGUGAAAGACACUGCAGACACAGAACAGGUGUUUUAGUCGACAUCAUCCUUCUUGUAACCGAAAUAAUUCCAGAUAACUGACUUUCCUUUUCUUUUUUGGCAACAAGUCUUUAUUUUCAGUGGUUUUCUCUUGUUCGUUUCUCAUUUUGCAAUCCUUGUUGUUGUUACCGUUGUGCCAAGAACAUGUCCGCUGAGGAUUGCAUACACCUCGCAGAAACGCGCACCGCUUAUAGUAGAGUGGUCCAUGGAAAUGAACUAUUUCAAACCCACACUGUUCUUAUUUGUGGGGCUAAACAGUGAUGAGGAAUGUUCCUAAAGUAAUUCUCGGCGGGUAUGAGUUUCUCGGCACAACACCAGCAGCGCCAGCAACUCGCUCCAUGUGCAGGGGCGUGGUUUCCUCCUCUCUGAUUUUGACUGAUGGCUGGCAGGCUAGUCUGAUUGGAAACUGAGUACAGAAAGAAUGUGAUUGGUGGAUCGCUGCACAGCACAUGCAGAGUCACAUUCAGUGUAUGUCAGUCAACUACCAUUGAAAUUAGAUGAGUUCAUUCGCCUUCGACAUCGCAGGCUCUGCAUGUGACUAUAGCGCACACUACAUCGCGAUGAUGAUGCUCAAACGAUAUAUCGUGCAGUCCUACGAGAUACGCAUACCCGCUGAAAAUUACUUGCGGAACUUCACUCAUCACUGUUUAGCCCCACAAAUAAGAACUGUAUGGGUUUAAAAUCGUACAUUUACACGGAGCACUCUACUAUAAGCGGUGCGCGUUUCUGCGAGGUGUAUGCAAUCCUCGGUGGGCACGUGUUUCUCAGCACAACAUCAACGAUUUCAAAAUGAGAAACGAACCAAAGAAAACCGCCGAAGAUGAAGACUCGUUAGCACAAAGAAAAGACACGUCACUGACCUUUGAAGAUCAAUGCUUGUUGACAAAAAGAAAAUCAACGUCACUUUUUGGAAUUAUUUCUGUUACAAGAAGGAUGACGUCACUAAGCACCUGUUCUGUGUCGGCAGUGCCUUUCAUCAAGGAGAGAUAACGAGUCCCAGAACAAUUAAAGCUAAAAACAUCUCUGAGACAGACAGAAGCCAUUCUACUAACAUUCACUAAAAGAGGUAAGAUCAGAGCAGGUUAACUGUCCUCAAGAUCUCAGCAGAAAGUCAGAUUCUGGUCAUCUGGUGAGAAUUCCUCUAUUUUUUAAUAUCGUCAUGUAUAUCACAGAGUUGAACAAAAAUGAAGUUAGUUUUUUCCAACAUCGUGCAGCCGAAUAUUUCUGCUGCUUCAUUAUAUAGCUAGCUUAGUUAACGGUGGUUGGUUGGUUAGUUAGUUAGUUAGUUAUUUAUACUGUUGUCAUCGCAGCUUGUCUUAACUCGAGAUUAUUCAUGUUCUUUAUAACUGAAUUAAAAUCAAACCUGUGUUCAAACAUACAAUAAUCAUGUUGGUUUAUUCUUUAAUGCAUCUGUCCCAACUCUGAAGGGACCUCUGUGUGAAUUUAAACAUUAUUUAAUCGAUAUAAAUGACAGAGUUUAAGCAGAAAACUGUGAAGCUGGAAACAGAGACUGUACUAACGGCCUCUCCGCCGGGCUGCAGCUCCUCCACGACGCGCUGAACUGACUCCAUAUCCGGGUCUCUGCUCAUCUCAGGUCUAAUGGAAUAAUGAUAAAUUAGAUUUGUCGUCAAAUUCACUCGUCUGAUCACUGCGACCCAUCUCGCUCACACGCCGCUCCCGCAAAACAACUUCGAACCAGACUUCCUACUUCCUGUUCUUCUUCUUCUUCUUCUUCUUCUUCUUCUUCUUCUUCUAGUUUAACGGCAGUUGGCACUCUUGUGUACGGUGCAUUACCGCCCUCUUCUGGCAAUUCUUAUGCAAAACCCCCUGUGCACCACCCUUUCCCAUCUCAUUCACUCACACUUUCAUACUCCUACUGACUAAAUCCUAUCAAUCAACCCCGUCACCCUUAAAAACUCGACUAACACUCUCACAUGUGCCCUGUACCCCAUCUGUAAUACUCCCUUUAGUGUAAGGUCCUGCAUACCCAAUUCCCUCAACUUACUUCUCAUCUCUCCCCUUUCCAUCUCAUAUCUCCUACAACCCAUUAGUACAUGCUCCACUGACUCCUCCACCUGACAUCCCUCACAUAACCCAGUCUGGUGUUUCCCUAUCAUUUUCAGUGUUUUGUUUAAUGCGCAAUGACCCAACCUCAACCUUAUCAAUGCUGACCCUUCCUUUCUCUGUCCACUACCCAACCUCCUAACUUUAACACUUUCUUGAAUCUUAUAAAGAUGCCUUCCUCUCUUCUCACCCUCCCAUUUCUUCUGCCACAUUUGAAUAAGCUUUUCCCAUAUCAUACUCUUAACUUCCGCUUUACUUAACCUAACAUUCAGCUCCACUGAUUCCUUCCCUAACGCCUCCUUAGCCAUCACGUCUGCCUUCUCAUUUCCUUCCACCCCUAUAUGUGCUGGAACCCAUAAAAAACUGAUCUGACCCCCCUGCUGUACUAUUCUUGUUACUGACUGUAAUAUUUCAUAUAAUAAACCCUGACGGCUGCUUGAAUGGAAUGAUCUAAUGCUAGCUAAAACUGAUGCUGAAUCCGUGCAUAUAACUACCCUCUUUACUCUAACUUUUUCCACCCAUUUCAGUGCAAUCAUCACCCCCAACAUCUCCACUGUGUUUACCGCUAGACCGUCUGAUGUCCUUCUAUUGAUUUCAAUUCCUCUCGAUGGCACCACUACCCCUAAUCCUGUCACCCCCGUCUCAGGUUGUUUUGCCCCAUCCGUGUAUACCUGAACAAAUCCGCUAUAUUCUUCCCUCAGGCGCUGAUUAACUACGCUGACCAAGCUUACCUGUCCUCCCUCUUUCCUUUUCUUUCCCAUUACACUCCAAUCCACUGUUGGCCAUAUCAUUCUCCAUGGUGGCAUUGCUGGAUACACUAUUGUUAGGUCUACCUCCAUCUCCCCCACCCCAAGCUCUGCUGUUAUUCUAUUCCCCAUCCUACCAAAAUGCUCCCUCUUACCUUUCCCCUCCUCCCAACACUCCUCUAUCACUCCUUUUGUGGGGUGGGUACCACUGCUGCCCUUUAAACUAACCCAGUAGUUUGCUAUGAGAUGUUUGCGCCUCAGGCAUAGCGGCAUCUCACCCAACUCCACCUGUACUGCAGGCACUGGUGACGUCCAGAAGGCCCCACUACAGAUCCUUAAUGCACUUGUCUGGAUCGUAUCUAGCUUUCCUAAAAGGGACUUUGCUGCUGAUCCAUAAACUAUACACCCAUAAUCUAUAACUGACCUAAUCAUAGCUACAUAUACUGUUUUUAAUGCAUCACAGCUCGCCCCCCAUUCUCUGCCUGCAAGACACCUCAUCACAUUCAACACUUUCCUGCACUUACCCUCUACCCGCUUGAUAUGAUCUGCCCAGGUUAACCUCUUAUCAAAUACCACCCCCAAAUACUUAAAUGCCUCAACCCUCUCCAGUUGCCUACCAUACAUACUCAAUGACACAUCUACUCCCACCCUCUUCCCGGUAAAAAUUAUAGUUUGAGUCUUCUCUACUGAAAACCUACACCCCCAAUCUAAUCCCCACUCUGUCACCCCAUCAAUCGCUGUCUGCACCUUAGUGACUAAAUGUUUGGUGUUCCUCCCUCUCUUCCACAGUGCUCCGUCAUCUGCGAACAGUGAGCUUCCUAUAUCUGCUGGUACCUCUGAAAAAACAUCAUUAAUCAUGAUAAGAAACAAUAGUGGGCUAACUACGCUCCCCUGGGGAGUGCCGUUCCUUACUUCAUAUUUACUAGAUAUCUCUGACCCUAUUCUAACUUGAAUCUUCCUAUCAUUCAAAAAGUCCUUUACCCAAUUAAAAACUCUGCCCCCAAUCCCCAUCCCCUGCAACUUAAUCAGUAAUCCUUCCUUCCACAUCAUGUCAUAUGCCUUCUCUAUAUCAAAAAACACUACCACUACAGAUUCCUUAUUUGCCUGCGCCUUCCUCACCUCACUUUCUAGUCUCACCACUGCGUCCAUUGUGUUCCUACCUUUUCUAAAUCCGCUUUGGCAUCUCGCCAGCGUACCUCUCUUUUCAAGCACAUAUGUCAAUCUCUCUGUUACCAUUCUUUCCAUAAUUUUACAAAUGUUCGAAGUCAAAGCUAUUGGCCUGUAGCUAGAAGGAGAGCAUGGGUCCUUACCUGGCUUCCUGAUCGGUACUACCUCUGCUUCCUUCCAUACACUCGGUAGCCUUCCCUCCUCCCAUACCUUAUUAUACAAUUCUAACAUCCUGUUCAUCCCCUUUUCCCCUAAAUUUUUCAGCAUUACAUAGCUUACCUGAUCUCCCCCUGGAGCUGUAGGCUUUGCCUUCCUAACCGCUCUCACAAGCUCUGCCAUAGUAAAUCUGGUGUCUAUCUCCCCCCCUGAAUCCGUCCUCCUGUCUAGAGCACCUGGAUAUCUACUCUGAGUCAUCUCUCUUCUCCUCUUCCCCUCCAUUGUCAGAUUGUCUACACUAUGCACCUUUGCAAAUGCCCUGGCUAUCAUCUCAGCCUUUUCCUUAUCAUUUACUGCUGUCUCUCCUUCCUCUGUAAUUACAGGAUAUUCCCACUCCCUCCUUCCCCUCCCAUCUUCCUUAUCAUACCCCAUACUUCUCCUACUGGUGUUGUUCUCCCUAUACCAUUACAAAACUGUCUCCAACUCUCCCUCUUUGUGCGUCGAACUACUCUCCUCACCAAUGCUUGUGCUCUCUGAUAUUCUAACAGACUUGCCAUAGUAUGGUUUUGUUUAAUCUUUCUGAAUGCUUUAUUUCGGGCUUUCACUGCCUUGCUACACUCCUCUGACCACCAUGGAACUAACUUCCUGGUCCUCCCAUUUCUGCUCCUCGGAAUAGCUUGAGUUGCUGCUGUGAUUAUUGCUGUUGUAACACUAUUGUUGACUUCUUCCACAUCCCUGUUUGUAUCAACUACCUCCAGUAGACCCUCACUCACCUCCCUAAAUUUAUUCCACUCUGCUUUACUGUACACCCAUUUCCGGAGCCCCCUACCCGCCCCCACCUCCACUCUUCCCCCUACUGUACACAUGAUUAAAUAAUGAUCACUACCUAGCGACUUUCCUGACAACACUUCCCAUUUACUGACUCCUGCCAAACUUGCUGAUACCAAUGUAAUAUCUAUAGCUGACUCAUUUCCUGUUCUGACAUCUAUUCUAGUCCCUCUCCCAUCAUUUAAACAUACUAAUUCCCUCUCCUCCAUUAGCUCCUCAACUACCCUACCAUCUACAUCUGUGUGUUUCCCACCCCACAAAGUGUUAUGUGCAUUAAAGUCUGCGCACCAGAUAACCUUUCGUCUAUCAACCCCUUUUAUCCUAACUAACCUAUCCAAUAUUAACCUCCCCCUGGAUUAUAGUAGUUAACUAUAACCACCGCCUCCCCUCCCUCCCACAACUCUACCACUAUAUAUUCCUGCUCUUCCCCACUUUCUAUCAACCUAUAAGAAAUACCCUGCCUAAUAAAUAUUGCGCACCCUCCUCUUGCUUCUUCUUCACUCCUAUCCCUCCUGAUUGUCAUAUACCCACUAACCUUAAAAUCUAAGCUAGGUUUCAAAAAAGUUUCCUGAACACAAACUACGUCUGGCUGUAUCUUCAUCUUCCUUAUAUAGUGUUUCAUCUCCUGUCCAUUAGCCAUCAGGCUCCUAGCAUUCCACUGCAGCACCCGAACCAUGAGCAUGAGGUGACUUUCCUACCUCCUGGCUUCGACUCUGGUUCUUAAUCUCCGCCUCUAUCUCCUCCCACUUUAGUCCUUCCAUCCCCAGAUGAUCAGCUGCUGCCUUCACAAUAUAUUGUAUAUUGGUGGUCUUAGAUGUAGACUUGCUUGUUGAGUUGAUAGCUGCCACAAUAAAUACUAUUAACUGCCUUUUGUCUAUCCCUAUCCUAUCCUGAUCUGACUGCUCUCUCCCCAACCCCCAAGUCCCCUUUCUUCCACCACCCCCUGUCUCCUCUACUCCCUGUGACCUUUCCUCCCUCUGUCUUACCAUCUUUGCUGCCUCUGCAUAACUUAUCUUAUCUAGCACCCUGAUUUUCUGAACUUCUGCCUCCCUCUUCAUAACUGGACAACCCCCAAACGUGACACUAUGUUCCCCCCCACAGCUACAGCAUCUUGGCUUGGUACCCUCCCCACAUUUCCCAUACUCAUGGUCCCCAGUGCACCUCGCACAUCUCCUGUUCUCCUUACAAUAUCUUGCAAUGUGGCCAAAUGACUGACACUUGUAACACCUCAUCGGCUUCGGUAUAAAUGCCCUCACAAAAUAGCUAAUGUACUCUAGGUACACUUUAUCUGGGAUUACCUCUCCUUCAAAUUCUACCAACACUGUCUCGGUUGUCUUCUUUUCUGGACCCCUUGUCAUUCUUUUAACAUUGGCAAUUCCCGUGCCCCUAGCACGUAGCUUCUCCUUCAACUCCUCAUCCCCUACCUCGAUAGGAAUCCCAGUAAUCACUCCCUUACAUCUUCUCCCCUGCACUCCAACCCGCACUACCCUCACCACUCUACUCUCACCCACCUUAGUUAACUUCCUCACCAAGGCUUCCUGGACAUCACUUGAACAUUCCACAAUCAAAUUGCCGUCUCCCAAAACCCUCGCAUACUUCAGCUCUCCGCACUUCCCUGUCAGUUCCCUUGUCAGCUUAAACGGAUUCAUUUUCCCUAUCCCACCUCCCUCAGCAAACCGUAUAACCAACCUAGUUCCUUCCUCCCUGCUCUCUCCCUCAGAACUAAAACUCUCCAUGUCUUCUUCGUUCGAUGAAUUUUGACUGUUCGUUCUUGGUCUCUUUCCUUCUCUCCCCUGUCCCCCAUCCCCUUUCCCUACACUUCCAUCCUCCCUCCCGGCCCUAGACCCCCUCCUACCCCUACCUUUCAUCCCUAUCCGCUAAGGUUAUAGAAAAGAAAGAAAUAAAGAAAGAAAGAAAUAAAGAAAGCAAGGUAACGGGCACCGGUCCGGACCUAUACAGGCCGUCGGUCGAUACCCGUCCCCGGAAACCCUAACGUUAUUUUAAUCUGACCGAUUAUCUAAUUCACCCAGCUAAAUCUCAGACGUAACUUUGCUUUAUCCUCCGAAGUACAUUCAUACACUCCAGUCACUUCAAUUCUCGCGCCCACACCGAACCACGAUGACGAUCCUCCUCUCAGCCCGCGACUGCCAUCCACGUGCUGUCCACCACGGCCCACCUUCUUCUUCUUCUUCGGUUGGCAACCAACUUAAGGAGCAUUACCGCCACCCACUGGAUUGGAGUGUGGUACAGGAAAUUAAGCAGGAAAAAAAAAAAAAAAAAAAAAAACAGAUAUAUGCCUCUGUACAAUAAGCCAGUCCCCCUUAAAUCCUUCAUUAAUGACUUGAAUACUUUUUCAGAUGCUGACCCUGACAGAUUCUCUACAGUGAGAUCUAGAUUUUCUUUCUCAGGUUGGUUACUAACAUGUUGUCUUUUCUAUGUGUGUUAAACACAGUCAGUGAGUUCAUGUUUAACUGUUCCCCUGCCUUACAGUAAUCUCAAAGUCCUGUUUCAUUCAGGCUCUGGUUGAGUCCUGUAUGUCCAGUUCUUAGACGGGUUAAUACUGUCUCCUCCUCCUUUGUGUUUUAAUUCUGCCAACAGGUUUUUGUACAGAUGUCGCCCUGUGUCAGCCAUAUUCCAGUAUUCUUGCCAUAUUUUUAAAGUGUGACUCUUAAUUACAGAUUUAACUUCUGUUUUGGAAAGUUUUACCACUACGUCUAUUUCCUGUGAUUUUAUCGCAGUUUUUGCCAACAGGUCAACUUUUUCAUUCCCUCUCCCUCUUAUUGGACCUACAGGAAAGAGAUAUCGUGUCCUUCUACAUGCCAUCCUGCUAAACUACGGUGUCUGCAGAGGCUUAAAUUAGGGAGAACGAGUUCAGGACGCCACUCAGCCGAGAAAAAAAAACACAAUUCUAAUCACAUGCGAGAAAGAAGAGAGAAAGUACUUGAUAUCGUACCGUUGUUGUAAAGAUCAUUUUGGGGUGAACCGACUCUACAUCAGAAAAGUCAAACCUGUUUCAGCGCAGUGUUGUUUAAUGUUGUGAAUGAAUGUUGAAGUAAUGUUAAUAAAGCUAAAUUACUAUGACGCACAGUUUAACAGAGUUUAACAACAAAGAGGCCUGUUGGCUCUUUUUAACACAUCUUUAGCUGGUACACCGUGUGGACUCUCUACUCUUCAGAGAGGAAGAUGCAGAGUCCAUGACCUUCAAAAACAACGUCAGAUUCUGAUCCCUCAGACCUCAGGACAGUUUUCCCUUCCCCUCAGUCCACCUUAAAUGGGCUCAGGUCCAGAGAAGUCUCUGGUGGUCCUGGAUUUUGUUAUGUUCUGGUCUUUGCAUGGUUCAGUUUGAACCUCAUUAGUGGAUGCAGUGAUGAAUUGUGUUUUACAGUCAAGGUUUUUUUAAGUGAUUCUGAGUCAAUGCGGUUAUUUCAACUCCAGAGUCCUGUCUGUUUUUAAUGCCCUGAAGAUCAGGACCAUCCAGUCCUGGUUUUUGCCCUUGUCCCUUUAGAACAGAGAUUUCUCCAGAUCCUCUGAAUCUUUGAAUGAUCUGAUGUUCUGUAGACGAUGAAAUCCACUCAGGAACUUUAUUCUGAAACUGUCGAACUGUUAGCUCACACAGUCUCUCACAGAAUGGUGAACGAGAUGUUUAGCAGACCACAGAGUGUGUAGAAAUGUAUAAGUGUAAACUCUUUUUAAACAUGAUGUACUUUUCAGGCUUUAUGAUGUAAUAAAUCUUAUUGUCAAAAAUACCAACAGAUGAUAGUCAUGGUUGUUGUUUUUUUCAUAUAGGGGAGAGUGGGGUAACAUGAUCCAUUUUUCAUGUUUGGGAUCACUCCAUCAAGUCAGUCCUAGUUUUGUCUCUAACUCGUGUAUCUGCAGAUAUUUCAGGAUGUUGUUCAUCCCUGCAAACCAACAGAAUGAGUGUAAACAGAACUGUCAUCUUCAGAAUAUAGCAGGACAAAAUAAAGUGGUCUCCUAUGGUCAACUUACCCUGUGUAUGGGGUAAGUUGACGAUGAAAUCCACUCAGGAACUUAAUUCUGAAACUGUUGAACUGUUAGCCCACUCCCCCCUCACAGAUACCACAAUUGAUGAAUAAAACUAAUCUAAAAUGAUCUUUUUUGGUCUGAACACAAUUCUAAUCAAACUGACGACUAAAGAAUAAAAUUCACUUUACAGAGGGAAGACAUUUUUUUUUGUAAAUAAAUGUCUAACCCCUUCUUCACCCAUGUGCUUCUAACCUUCACAGACUCCGUUAAUUGAUGCCCAUCUCUUAAAGAUUUGGUCACAUGAUCAAUUUAUUCGACCAUUUCUUAGCAACGCAGGGGGGCUUAACGUACUUGGAAAUAACUUUUGUCAAAAUCUGAAGAUUGAUCCAUCAUGUUUAAUAACCAGCAUGAAUAACAGUCUCUCUUUCCCUGUGUAAAUGCUGCAUGUUGUAUAUUUCUUCCCUUUGAAUACUAAUACUAAUUUUGAGUUAUUGUAGUGCUUCAAGAUCUUGUGUUAAAACCACUGUGCUGAGUGAUGUGAUGACACACACACACACACACACACACAAGAGCGAAGGAAUAUGGCCCCACAGCUGCCAACACAAACACACACACAAACACACAAUGACAGAACCCUACAAACAUACUGUUUUCAUUUAAAUAAUGACCAUAAAAACACGUUUCACUUUAUUCAGAGUAUUUUUCCGUAAUUGUUGCAUCAUGUUCAUCAAUAUUAGUCUUACAGUUUAAUAUUAUUACAUCUUAAAAUACAAAAAAAUGUAUUAUAGUCUCCGUCUUCAUCCCUCUUCUUGCUGCGUUCUGUAGCCACUCCUCCAUCUCUCCACUGAUUGGCUGCUUGAUGUGACAGCCAUUGACUCUAGCCAGUGAAAGGUAGGAACACGCUCUGGCUCCACCCUGUUGUGAGUGUAGAAUUCCCGCCCUGUUGGAGUCGCUGGGUGGGUGGGGCUGUGAAGCAAUGCGCUGCUGACCUGCGUCCCGGAAAGCCAAUCACCGACGAGAAUGCAUCGGCACUCCGCCCAUGAUGGCGGACUGUGUUCCCGCCCACUGAAUGGGAAUAACCAACGGGGGCGUUGCUGGGGGGCGGGGCCGAGCCGGAGCUCGACCCAGUUUGAAAGUGAACCAACGUCUCCAGUCUGAGCUUCAGCCCCCAAACAACAACAAGAACCCAAGAACCCGAAAAAUCCGAGAACCGAUCCAGAGUCUGCUUCAACCUGAACCCGGCCCUCCUGACGAGUGAGUACCCGUCCUCCCUUCCCCGAACCGGAGCCGGGCCAGAUUUCUGUAAUUCCCCCCUGAAAAUGAGCUGGCUGCGGUGUCCCGGUGGUUUUUCUGUCCGUGUAAAGAUCCGUCAUGGAGAGAUGAUGUGAGGCAGAGAGAGUGAUAAAAUGGCCGCUGGAGACAUUUCUCCUCAGGUUCGGGGGUUUGUGAGAGCGCGCGCCGGGGACUGUUCGGAGCGUGUUGUUGUAAACACGUAACGCCCAUUUAUGAGGCAUGAAUGUCAGGAAAUAGUCGCGUCCCGUCCAUACAACGCUGACCUCUUCUGGUGAUAGACGGAGCCCUGCGUUGAAAAAUGCGUAGCCCUCAUACUAUCCCCCUUCUUUCCAUUGCAAACCUGCCCGUUUGGAAAAAAUGUUGAAACAUAUUUCGGAAAUAAAAUCCCCGAAGAAAAGGGGGGAUUUAGUUGUAUUUUAAGGCGUUACUGUGGAAAAAAAUAGUUUUUUUUUUUCCUGCCCGUUAGCGCGCUGCUAGCAGAGGGGGAUGGGGCGGCUAGCUCUGCAGAGGGCGGGAAGCAAAUGGUGUCCCAUUGUUCUGCCCGUUAGCUGUUAGCACGGCUAAGCUCACUGCAACAGAGAAUAGAUCCACGGACUAACACGAAGCUAGCCGAGCUUUUCUUCACCUCCGCGGCUCCCCUCAGCUCCGGCUCCGGCGGAGCGGCCGGACAGGCACCGCUGAGAUGUCCCGGCUCAAUGACCGGCCGAUGAAGGCUGCAGCCCGGGUUUGUGGGCCUCCAGCCCCCCGACAGAGAAAAUGGAUCCCCACUUUGUUCUCUUUGUUAUUCAGCAGCAGCAGCAGCAGCAGCCUGGGAGCAGAGAGGAGCCGUUUAUUAGAGCCACAGACACGGGCUCUUCAUUACAGGACAAACGCUAUAAUAAUAAUGGGGUUUAUAUGAGAAACGUACACUCUUAUAAAAAGGCUGAAUCUGAAUAAUGAACAUUAUUAGACUUACAGGUUAAAGGGUCAUUCCACCCAAAUGUUUUAUCAGCCAACACGUUUGUUAAUUGGUUGAUUAAUUGAUAAGAAACUUGAAGUUAAUUGUAAAAUGAUUCUCUAUUUGGAAGCAUUUACAAAUUAUUUUUGAUUCAUAUUCAGCUUUUUUUUUUUUUUUUUUUAAUUUCAAUCAGCUGAUUCUGACAAUUAAAGAGCAGCUCAGCUGAUAGUUGAUAUUUAAAGUUUAACAUUUAAAUCAAAAUGAGAAAAAAAUAAUGAACAGGAUAUAAGAUAACACAAGGCAGAAAGUAUUUGGAUUUGUUCAGCCAUCUGUAGAUAAAAUAUAAUGCAGGGUAAACAGCCAAGAUAAUAAAUGGUUCAUUAGUAUUAAAUGCACAUUUGCUGUGGUACUUUCUAAACUGAUUGUAAGGUAUUAUGAUAAAACUUGAGAAAGAGUAUGACAGAGGAAAUUUGAUCUAAUCUUGAAUAUUACUUAAAAGCAGAGUUAUAAUCACAGAAGAAGGCUGCGCGGGGAGGUCACAGAGGUCCCUGAGCCACACAAAUACGUUUUUAAGUAAUAGAGAGCCUACAUUAUCUGUGUAAUAUAAACAGAUUUUGUUUAUUAAACCAAUCAUCCACACUUAUUUAUAUACCAUAUGUGUGCAUUAGUGCACAUUCAUUCAUUUACUUAGUCACUGAUUUCAUCACAUUAUGUCUGCAUGCACCAGACUGACCCUGCAAAGCUCAGAGCUGCAGACAGCAGAGGAGUGGGCGAAGGUGCUGCAGGUCCAUCUUUAUGGGAUCAAAAACUCUGUAUAGGUUUCUCUUUUUGUUGAAUUACUACUGUGGUAUAAACAUUUAAACUCCUGAGAAUUACCUACCAAAUGGAAAAUGUACCUUCAUUGGACGUUUGACAGUCGAGUAUUAACCCUGAAUGGCGAUAUUUGGAAUAAAACCCGAUUCAGACCUUACAUGCUCAUUAGUCUAAUAGACUAGGGUGGAAACACCUGUUCUAGGGUUAGUGAAGGUGAUGAUGACAGUAGUCGCUGAAACACGGGAAUCAAAAUGCCGUUAAUCUGAUCACACUGUCACCUGUGAACUCAGCGGUUUCUGAGUAGAGAUGUGCCGACGAGUCUUUUUAAGAAAUAAAGUCUGUUGUCUGUGUGCUGUCAAUGAAACUAUCCACACAUCUGCCUACAUACAUCCAUCUGCUGCUCAGAUAUACCAAUUAUAUAUAUAAUACUAAACAGGCCUGCUUACACUUGGAUCAACUUUAGUGCAAACUUUUUCAUUGAUUAUAAUUUACAUACUGGAUCAGAGCAUGAGUGUUGAUUUGUUAUAUUUGCACAUUUAAAACAAAAGAUAUAAGAGAGCUGUCACGAUAAAACAAUUUCACCCCGAGAUUAUUUUGACCAAAAUAUUCAGGAUAAUGACGUCACAGAAACACAAUCAGGAGUGAGUGGGAGGAGUUAUCAUGAUUUUUAAACACAUGCUUUUAUUUUGAAAUAAAAUGCUACUCCAGUAAAUUUCAAGUGACAGAACAGAAUGAAAACGAUAAAAACUGUUGGGAGGUUAAAAAAUAAAAAAGUUGAAUCCAUCAGCCGCCAUCGAGACGUGAACUUCACGAUAACUCGUUAUAGUGAACCAAGACCGACCCGACUGUAAACCUUUUAGUCGGUGCAACAUCAAAUGAAAAAUGAUCAAUUAGUGAUCGUUAUUAUAACGGUUUCAUUAAAGGAGCAUUACACUGUUCACUAACUGUUCCCUGUCUUUGUUCUCCACCUGUCAGGCCGUCAGUAUGAUGCGCAAAGACGUAAACAAGCCGAAGGGGAAGACGUCGGCUUACGCCUUCUUCGUGCAGACGUGUCGAGAGGAACACAGGAAGAAGAACCCCGAGCAGUCCGUCAACUUUGCCGAGUUCUCCAAGAAGUGCUCUGAGAGGUGGAAGGUGAGGCGGGGGGAGUUAGUGACAGGUAUGCGGUUGGGUCAGAGGUCAGAGUGCUCACUGUGUGUCUGUGUUUCAGGCGCUUUCUGCCAGCGAUAAGAAAUGUUUUGAGGACAUGGCGAAGGCUGACAAGGUGCGCUACAACCGAGAGAUGAGAGACUACGUCCCCCCGAAGGGCUUUGGGAAGAGGGGCCGCAAGAGGAAAGACCCCAACGCCCCCAAGAGACCCCCGUAAGUCCCAGGCCCACCCCCCAGACAUAUAAGAUACCUGGACGGGUCGACCAGUUACAGCUGUCUUUACGUGUCCUCAUUAGAUCGCCCACUAGGAUCAUCUUCCUCACUUGAUUCUGUCUCUGUGGCGAGUUUUUAAUCUGUCCUAAACCUUAUUGACUGAACUGAUGUCUGUCCGGACCUGAAACUGAACUCACCUUACACUCUUUUUUUGGGGUUCCUUAUCGCUCUGUAUGGAGGUUUAGGGAACGUACGUUUAUAUGAUAGAGGAGACGUAUGAGACGGUUUUUAAAUGAAGUUAAAAGACUCUGGAAGUUUGUGAUUCGGUCAAACUUGAAACUGUUCAGGUUUGAGUCUUCAGAGUCUGUCAGACACCAGAGAGCAGGAAUGAGCUGAGAGGAGCGGGAACUUCAAACAAAGAUGAAGACGAAUAAAAGCAAACGUGUGUUUCAGGUGAAGGGGUUAACUUUCAAAACCUGGACUUUAAUUUGAGCUUUUUCAAAAUAACCUGAUAAAACGGGCUCAUUACUUUAAACCCCAUUAUUAGGAUUUAAAUCAAGACUUCACACCCAGACUGACCUGUCUCCUGUUCACUUUCGUCCGUAUUUAUUUUGUCUUAAUUAUCGAGUGAGUUAAUGUGUCGACCAAAAACAGAAUAUAGUGAUGAGACACUUAUAAAAUGGGCCAUAAUAAAACAAUAACGUGACUGACCAGGGCUGGGACGAUCUGCUUUUCUCCCGAUUCGAUUCUUCUACGAUUUUUUUGGAUGCCAAUUCGAUUUAAAUUGCGAUUCCAUAAUAUUGUUGGUUUUCUCGAUUUUUAGUCUGUAUUUUUAACUCCAGUGAAACAGUUGAAUGAUUAUGAUUAUCUACUGACUAUUCCAGGAACUAUAUUUCCCCAAAAAAUACACAUCACAUGUAAGUCGGUUUUUAAGAUUUAUUCUUAAAUAAAAAAAAAAAAAAAGAUUUCUGAGCAAAAAAAUCAAUUUAAAAUAUGUAAAACAAAAAAUUGCAAAAAUACUUCCAUGAAUCGAUUUUUUCUUCCUAUAACUGACUCCUAGAGAAACCCGGGGUACUGGGAGCUGAAUCCUGAAAAACUACACCCAAAAAAGUCUCAUUUGAACCACCACACAGACAUUUUCAAUCCUACAGGGAACAGUCAGAUCCACCAGAGGGAGUCCUCACCUCAAAACCUCAAAACCUCAGAGACUGUGGACCAGAAGAAGAAAAGAGCAGCAGACCAUAAAACCGUAACUGAUCACGUUCGUCUGUCUGUGAUUUUAGCGUUUGUUUCGACAACAUGAAGGAAACCUGCAGGUGUUUUAAUGAACUAACCACAUGUUCGGUGUUUUAACUCGACCCUGAAACUGAAUAUGUGAAACACUGAAGCUUCAAACUGAAGACUGUGUGAUUAAAACGUUCGUCAGUCAGUCUAACAUGAACAGACAAGUCUUCAUACUGGAUUUGAAGGAGCUGAGACUCUCCAGAUAUUGUCAGAUAUUUGGAGGAUCAAACAGUGAGGUGUUUCCUCAUGUUUGGUUCUGACUCUGAGGACAGAAAUCGGACCUCCUCAGCAGUCUGGAUGGUUUGGUUUGUUUGAGUGUCGUCUUUACUCCAGCCGUCUUCAAUCUGCUUCAGGUAAAAUCAUGAAAACUGUAAAAAAAACAAAUGUUUGUGAGCCGUUGUCUUUAAACAAACUUAGUCUCAACAUGAUAACGACCUCUCCCAGCUCGGGGCUGUUUGUCCAGAAACCUUCUGUCUGAAAAAUGCUGUUUGCAGAAUGAUGUAAAUCUAGAAAACAUGUUGGGAUUGAGGCUUUGAAAUCAAACCAGUAUAAAAAUCUGGUCAAGAGUAUCCUGACACUGCAUACCACUCUUCUCUCGCCCACCCUGGGCGGUAUUGUGUCUCUUCAGGUUCUGGUCCUCUACCAGAGACCUGGGUGCUUGAGGGUCCUGCCCAGUAUCCUUGCUGUUUCUAGGACUGCACUCUUCUGGACUGAGAUGUUUCUGAUGAUUCCUCAGGGUUCUGUUGGAGCCACUUCUUCUCCAGUGUGGGGGUUUCUGCCCCGAUAACCACGGGCACCACUGUUGCCUUCACCUUCCAGGCUUUCUCCAGGUUCCUCUUUGAGCCCUCGGUUCUUCUCUAGUUUCUCGUGUUCCUUCUUCGUGAUGUUGGUAUCACUUGGGAUGGCGACUUCUACCACAACAGCUUUACUCUGCUGUUUGUCUACGAUUAAGAUGUCCAGUUGGUUGGCCAUAACCAUUUUGUUGGUCUGUAUCUGGGAGUCCUUCAGGAUCUUGGCUCGGUCAUUCUCCAUCACCUUGGGAGGUUCUUCCCAUUUUGACCUCAGGGUUUCCAGUCCAUGUUCUGCUCUGAUGUUCCUGUACGCUAUACCGCCUAUUUGGUUAUGGCGUUCCAUGUUUGCUUUUCCUGCCAGCAUCAGAUUUCACACCAUGCAAACGGGCGGAGACGAACAAGUGAAAGGUUUUUAGACGUCAUUUCACCCCGAUGACACCAUGGAUGAGGAGAUGCUGAUUCUAGAAGUCUAGAAGUAGAUUUCCUCCUCUGGAAGGACACACUCGUUGUUGCGCAAUUGCAAUUGAAUCUGCGGGUUCUUUUGAGUUCUCGUGAUCCGCCACAAAGUUUGCUUCACAAACUGAUCCAGUAGGAAUUGGCGAAUGGCGAAAAUCGGCGCCGUUCCGUAUGUGGUACAGAUUUGGGAUUAGUUCUGGUGUUCCUGUUAGCUCAGGCGGUGUGUUGGUGCUCAGAUAUGUAUGUACAUGAUCAGUCAAAUGAAUUGAUCUUGUUCUUCCACAGGUCUAUAAAAACCAUUUGUUUGGUUUCCCUCACAGCCAAUCACUGAAGUCCUGUGCAUGAAAGAGUCUAAUGUGCGUGUUUGUCUCUCUUUGUGUGUGUGUGUGUGUGUGUGUGUGCGCAGGUCUGCGUUCUUUGUGUUCUGCAGUGAGUACCGUCCCAGCGUGAAGCAGCAGUACCCCGGUCUGUCUAUAGGAGACUGUGCAAAGAAGCUAGGAGAGAUGUGGAGCAAACUGUCUCAGAGCGAGAAGCAGCCGUACGAGGAGAAGGCUCAGAAACUACGAGAGAAAUACGACCGGGUGAGACGCGCACGCACACACACACACACAGGUGAGGGAACAGGUGAGUCUGUGGGCACGACUCUAACACACUCUGUCCCUCCCUCAGGACAUGGUGGCCUACCGCGGCGGCGGCACCUACGCCAGAAACCCCGGCUCCUCCGCUCAGGGCGGGGAGGACGAGGAGGAGGAGGAAGGAGAGGAUGAAGAUGAGGAUGAGGACGAGGACGAGUAGAGAGGGACGAACGAGACUGAAGAGAGAGAGAGAGAGAGAGAGAGCGCGAGAAAGGCAGGUAGGUGUGUGUGUUUCGGAGCACAGACAGGUAGAGUGACAGAUGAUUGGACCAGAUGAGGUAGGGGGCGGAGCUUCACUGCAGGUUAGAGAAAAUAGAUUCAGACAACGUGAUCAAUCCCCAAAGGACAAUUCAUUUCACGGUUAACAAGGAGCAGACAUUAAGAGCAGCAUACAGCCCAAACACAAAUCAGCAAUACAUGAAUAAAGAGAAAAUAAACACACAUGUGCAAUACGACGAUGACAAACUUAACGAAUGAACAGUUACCCACAGGUGUGCUGAUUUAGGAAGAGAAGAAGAAGAAGAAGACAGACAGGUGAGAGAGAAGGUGAGCUCGGCCGUUUAUCUCCUUGGCAACACAGAGAGUGAGUGUAGGAUCAGUGUUACCAUGGAGAUGUGUCCAAACGACACCUGCAGCUCAGGUGUGGCUGUGACAUCACAGGUGGUUGAAAAUCAGAGCGAGGAACUAAAACGAGAGGACGACCCGUCAGCCAAUCAGCAGCCAGAGAGAGAGAGAGAGAGGUCGCUCUGAGACACACACACCACCAGAGUGUGUGUGUCUAUAUGUGUGUGUGUGUGUGUGUGUGUACCUGUGUGUUGGAGUGUGUAUGAGUGUGUGUCAGUGUGUAUGAGUGUGUGUGUUAGGUGUGUGUAUGUGUGUUGGAGGUCAUCAGAUGUUAAACUGUCCCACGUUAAAGGACAGACCCCACCCCCCCACACCCUCACUGUUACCAUGGUUACCCCUGCACCCUCCCUCCCUAAGCCCUGCGUGUUUCCAUGGAAACGUUGCCCCGCCCUCUUCCUGUGGUUGUUUUUUUAUUUUUACUGAAGUUGGAUCAGUUUGUUCUUGUUCACUGUCAGAGUAGAAACUUCAACUUUUAUAAUAAAACCAACACCUGAGGAAAACACACCUGUCUGCCUGAC